UUGCGAGCGGGAAUAUGGCGGCGCCCAGGUGGAGGUAUUGAGGACGCCAGAUCGGUAUGGCGUUGGCAUCGGGUCCCGCAAGGCGGGCUCUAGGUCGCACCCGGAGGCUCAGCCUUGGGGGUGGUGAGGUCCCGAGUCGUGGGGCGUACGAGUGGGGCGUGCGCUCCACGCGCAAGCCCCCGCCUGCACCCCAGGACAGAGUGUACGAAAUCCCUGGACUGGAGCCCAUUACCUACGCGGGGAAGAUGCACUUCAUGCCUGGGCUAGCGCGGCCGGUCUUCCCGCCGUGGGACCCUGGCUGGACACACCCGAAGUUCCGCCGCUUGCCUCCGAUUCAUGAGCAGCCUCUAUACAAGGAGCAGGCCUGCCACGUCUUUCACCAGCGUAGCCGCCUCCUCGAGGGUGUAAAGCAGGCCCUCUGGCUUACUAAAGCUAAGUUGAUAGAAGGCCUUCCUGGGAAAGUGCUCAGCCUUGUUGAUGAUCCAAGGAACCACAUAGAGAACCAAGAUGAACAUGUUUUGAAUGUGAUCUCUCAUGCCCGUCUCUGGCACUCCACUGAAGACAUCCCUGAGAGAGAGACCUACUGCCCAGUCAUUAUGGAGAGUCUGAUACAACUGUGCAAAUCCCAGAUUCUCAAGCAUCCUUCCCUGACUAGACGGAUCUGUGCUAAAAACCAAUUGUUGUCUGCCACCUGGAAUCGAGAGUCUAUUCUCCUUCAGGUGCAUGGUUCUAGUGGAGCCCGACUGAAUGCCAAGGAUCCUCUGCCACCCAUUGCCUCCAGCGAGGAGGUUGAGGCCACUAAGAAUCAUGUUUUUGAGACCUUUUACCCCAUAUCUCCCACUAUGGGGCUUCAGGAAUGCAACGUUUAUGAUGUGAAAGAUGACACAGGAUUCCUGGAGGGCUACCCGUACCCCUACCCGCACACCCUCUAUUUCCUGGAGUCAGCCAAUGUACGGCCACACCGCCUUCAACCAGAACAGCUGCGGGCCAAGAUGAUCCUGUUUGCUUUUGGUAAUGCCCUAGCCCAGGCCCGUCUCCUCUAUGGGGAUGACGCUAAGGUCUUGGAGCAGCCAGUAGUCGUGCAGAGCGUGGCCACUGAUGGCCGGGUCUUCCAGUUCCUGGUGUUGCAGCUGAACACCACCGAUCUGGCCUCUGACGAGGGUGUCAAGAAUCUGGUCUGGAUGGACGCAGACCAGCUCCUCUAUCAGCACUUUUGGUGUCGCCCAGUGAUCAAAAAGAAGGUGAUCGUGGAGCCUGUUGGGCCGACGGGUUUCCAGCCAGAGACGUUCAGGAAGUUUUUAGCCCUGUAUCUGCAUGGCGCUGUAUGAGCCAAGAUCACCGAGAGACCUGCAGGAUCCUGUGUCCUGCCACGCCAGGGGCCUGCCUGCAGCCUUGGCCCUGGCUGGGCCCGCCGGUCUCGCCAGCCGCAACGAGCCUCCUGGGGCCCUGGAUCCUGCGCGUGGUCUGAGGGUGCCGCUAGGCCCACAGCUGCCGGUGGGCUCUGUGGUGAGCUGCUCUGCCCUCACAGGUGCCUGCCUGUGGCUGAGCUGCCCUGCGUAAGCCCAUUCUGUGACUCCAAAUAAAAGCCUUGGACUUGA